AUGCGCGAUGAGCAAUGCAAGGUUGAAUUUCUUCAUGGGCACGGUGAAGAGCCGCUUAUAGAAGCGCGAGAAAGGAACUGCACCUUGCCAAGCUCAAAAGUGCGAGCGCUGGACCCGCUGCUCGCAUUGUCGCCACACCUCACGGACAAAGCGAAGCUUGAUCGGGUAGUGCCACACAUAGUCGAUCUGCUACACGACGAUGCCGCCAUCGUCCGCGCAUCUGCGCUGCGCACCCUCAUGCAGCUUAUGGGGCUCAGAGACACUGAUGCCGCUGUCGUUAGCGUCACAGUGAUCACGCCCUCAGAUGCAGCGAUUUUCCGGAGUACGUCAUACCGGCUAUUUCGCACCUGGUCCGCGAUCCAGAAGCCUCGGUGCGGUGCAUGUGGGUCCUAUGAUGCUAGCAUGCAAGAACCUCACAAUAGCAUCCAAGAGCAUCUCUCCACACUGCUUAUCGACCCUUCCAGCGUCUUCCGACAUGCAGUCCUGUACAUCAUCUCCUCGCUCUGCAUGUUCCUCGGGCGGCAGAAAACGAACGACGUCCUGCUCAGCCACAUGAUCACGUGUAUGAACGACUCGGACUGGUUGCUUCGCUAUGCGUUCUUCGACUGCAUCGUCGAUGUCACUGCCUGCGAGGGUGGAAGGAGCUUGGAGGAGUAUAUCUUCCCUUUGAUGAUACAGUCUUUGUUUGAUGCGGAGGGCACUGUGGCCGCGAGUGCUUGCUUCGCUGGCAAGCCUCUGCGAGUUGAGGUUGUUUCAGAAGAGAAGAUGCAGAUAUGGGAGCUCAUGAGUGCAACUCUCGGCUUCCUGUAUUAUCCCGACGCGUGGAUACGUGCCGCUGCCUUCAUAGCGCCAGUUGCGAAGCAGUUACCGCCAAGUGCCCUCUGUUUUAUUAUGCUUGUCAGCACAGAUGUGGAAUCUGAGAACCUGAAAACUGCCAGCGGGAUCGAGCUGCAGAAGCUAGGAGUAGUUCCACAAACUGUCUUAUUGGAAGGCAGGCGGUCGAUCUCAGCUCGCAGAUCGCAGCCCGACUUGUCACUGGGAUUAGCAUGGAUCACAGCACCGCCGGCGCCUUUUCGAAGACCUACGCCGGCGUCUUGCCAACGUCAACGGACCUAUGCGGAUCGGGAGUAUCGAUGGACAGAAGGUUGCAUCUGCUGUUGGCUCAUCGAGGGCGAAUUUCACUGGCCUGCUGGACGUGCUCGCCGGCCGAAACGAUCCGUGUGCAAGAAACGAUUCGUCCGCCCAAUUUGGCUCCGAUAUCGACCUGUCGUAGGCGCGCACUCUUGUGUCCUCCAGCAUCGCAUUAAUCCUUUUCCUGCCGCAGAUGGACACGAGCUGAGGAUUAAUAGUCUUCUCGAGCACCUCUAUCUCAACAGCAUCUGUGAGCUGCAGAACGCCCUCGCAUUCAGACGCGAUCACAGGCUUGGCUAUCGCAAACGCGCGUGGGUCGUCUGUGGGACUUUGACUGGUGUGCUGUCGCUGUGGGAUAUUCGCUUUGGCAUUUCGAUGAAGAGCUGGAAAGUAGCUGCCGCCGCUAAGAACAAGACUACGAGGAUCUAUCAGUGUGUCGUCCAUCCAGCGAGAGGCAAGGGAAAAUCGAUCACAGUGGCGAUGGAGACGCUCAAGUCCGCGUCUCGACAGCACACACUAUUCAUGGUUUGGGACAUCGAACAAUCUGUUCUUGUCGAGUCCUUCGUGAAGCGGAAUACCGCAAAUGUCUUGGAGGAAAUGGAGGAGCCAAAUGAGAUCCCCGCCGACGAAGCCGAAACGAAUCGUGCUGCAGCCAUUGCGGCUCUCAUGCGCUCACCGCAAGAAAGCGGUGGUUCUGGGGAAUCGUUCACACGACGAGCGCGACUGUCGCGUGUGCCGGGACUCGACCAGCCUUAAACGCUAUCACCAGACAUACGUGCCCUAGUGGUCGGCACUGAGUUUGGUGGGCAUGCUUUCACGCGUUCUGUGAUUUCGGAACAGCAUAGGGACAGCAGGGGAACACAUUUAUUAAGUGG